AUGCGUCGCAGAAGGGAUGUGCGUAUCCUUGAUAUUACUGUUCAUGUAUUUACACCUGUCGAUGAUUCUAUUGUGGUGGAUCAUGUAUAUCAUUCUUGUGUGGUUACUAUUGGGGGUUCUAACACUAGAGUUGAUCUUCAGUUGCUUAAUAUGGUUGACUUUGAGUUUAAAGACACAGUGCAGCGAAAUGGUGCUAAGAAAGUGUUUAUUGGGGAUGAUGGUUUUAUACGACUUCAUGGUCGAAAUUUUGUUCCUAAUGUUGAUAGAUUGAGAGAGUUGAUUCUUGAGGAGUCUCACAGUUCGCGGUGUUCUAUUCACCCAUGUGCAAUAAAGAUAUAUCAUGAUUUGAAGCUGCAUUACUGGUGGCGGAGGAUGAAGAAGGACAUUGUUGGGCAUGUUUCGCAGUGUUUGAAUUUCCAACAGGUCAAGUAUGAGCAUAAAAAACUGAGUGGUUUGCUUCAAAAUAUUGAUAUACCAAAGUGGAAGUGGGAGCGCAUUACUAUGGACUUUAUGGUAGGUUUGCCACCAAUUUUGAGGAAGUUUGAUGCCAUUUGGGUCAUCUUUGAUCGGUUGACUAAGUCAGCGCAUUUCCUUUUGGAUAUGACUUCUUACACUUCCGAGAAGUUUACAUCGAACUUUAGGAGGGCUGUUCAGCGUGAGUUGGGGCACACGGGUGGAGCUCAGCACUGUAUUUCACCCAUAGAUAGAUGGACAGUCCAAGCAGACCAUUCAGAUCCUUGUGGAUAUGUUGAGGGCUGCAUUAUUGAUUUUGGAGGCCACUGGGACCAGUUCCUACCAUUGGCGGAGUUUGCUUACAACAACAACUACCAGUCUAGUAUUGAAAUGGCUCCAUAUGAGGCCUUAUAUGCUCAGUCCAGGAAGAAGAGCUGUGUGGACAAGAAGGUUCGCGAUGUAGCAUUUUUGGAGAGUGAGAAGGUCUUUCUUAGAAUUUUGCCUAUGAAGUGCGUGAUGAGGUCUGGGAAGAAAGUCAAGUUGAGUCCGAGGCUUAUUAGUCUAUUCGAGCUGUUGGAGAGAGUUGGCUAUGUUGCUUAUAGACUUGCUUUGUCUCUUGGUCUUUCAGGAGUUUAUCAUGCAAGUUCGGAAGCUCAGGUCCAAAGAGGUCGAGUCAGGGAAGGUUCUUUAGAGAGCCCAGUCGAGCGAGGUGGCUAA